GGAUAUAAAUGAGUGGCUUUGCUGUUGGGACGUUUGCAGGGGCCAUCUCAGCAACUGCGAUCUACUAUUCCUUCUCCCACUCCAUUCAAGAAUCAACUCAGACAUCUAGAGCAAGGUAUUUUUCCCCACCGCCGGGUCCUCUUCCGGCUGCAGCUCGCAUCCCCGACCGCAGUUUUACAUCCCGAAUCAAGCAACAAUGGAAUGACGACAUUCAGAGUGUGGUGAACAACACGCGGAAUUUCAGUGUCCAAGUGGACCCUACCGUUUGGCAGCGUCUGUGGGAUAAAGUGAAGUCAUCACCAUCGUCAUAGAACUUCCGCUCCCUCUGUUCUCGCAUGUAGCAUCUGGUCUGCCAAAUUGUUCCCGUCGCAAAUCUCAAUUACAACAACCGGACUAAGGCCAUGGAGGAACGCUUGCAUAUUAAACAAUGUAUCUAUUGCUAUCGACAUCAUGACCCCUUCCCUGCGCCCGAAUCGCCAGCACCUGGCCCUAUCUCUUUUACAAUGUAAUAACUGAAGAACAAGAGUUUGAAGGUGAUGGCAAUGGC